UGGCCCGUAAGAAUUCUGUAGCGCCAUUGGUCUAUAAUGUUCAGUUUCCUUCUUGAUUAUUGGCUAGCGCUGUUGCGAUCACACAAGAAUGAGGAAGUGGUGUAGUCUACUGAGUCACCGUUGUGUCAGCUGAUUCUUUCUGAGAGCCAUCGCUGGCACGGCAGAGUCCAGUAGACAGGAGGAGAGGGAGGGAUCUGAAGAGGAGCACCCAGACCUACUGUCUACAGCACUGGCUGGCAGCAUGGGUGAAGAAGGGCCUCCCAGUCUGGAGUAUAUCCAGGCCAAGGACCUGUUCCCCCAGAAGGAGCUGGUGAAGGAAGAUGAAAGCCUUCAGGUGCCAUUCCCAGUUCUUCAGGGGGAAGGGGUGGAAUAUCUUGGCCAUGCUGAUGAAGCCAUCAUUGCCAUUUCUAACUACAGGCUCCACAUCAAGUUCAAGGACUCUGUCAUCAACACCUACCCAGGUGUGGACAAUGAGAUAUCUGUGCCUCUCAGGCUGAUAGAGAGUGUGGAGAGCAGAGAUAUGUUCCAGCUGCACAUCAUCUGCAAAGACUCCAAAGUUGUCAGAUGCCACUUUGCAACGUUCAAGCAAUGCCAGGAGUGGGUCAAGCGUCUGAACCGGGCCAUAGCUCACCCGUCCCGGCUGGAGGACCUGUUCGCCCUGGCCUAUCAUGCCUGGUGUCUGGGAGGCAGCGCUGAUGAUGAAGACCAGCACGUUCAUCUCUGUCGCCCAGGUGAGCACGUGCGUCAGAGAAUGGAAAUGGAGGUCAAGAGGAUGAACUUCGACACACAGAACAUCUGGAGAGUGUCAGACAUAAACUGCAACUACAAGCUGUGCUCCAGCUACCCGCAGAAGCUCCUGGUUCCAAUAUGGAUCACCGACAAGGAGCUGGAGAGUGUGGCUUCCUUCAGAUCCUGGAAGAGGAUCCCUGUGGUGGUCUACAGGCACCAGAAGAACGGGGCAGUGAUUGCACGUUGCAGCCAGCCUGAGAUCAGCUGGUGGGGCUGGAGAAACACAGAUGAUGAGUACCUGGUAACAUCCAUCGCCAAGGCCUGUCAGAUGGAUGCCGGAGCCAAGGGUACCUGUGGAGCACCAGCCUGCCGACAACGCGGGGAAGCUUCCGACUCCUGCGAUAGUGAUUUUGACUCCUCACUGACGGGCGGCUCUGGCUGCGAUGACAACACUGUGCCACAGAAGCUGCUGAUUCUGGAUGCUCGCUCAUACACCGCUGCAGUGGCCAACCGAGCCAAGGGCGGAGGCUGUGAAUGUGAAGAGUACUACCCCAACUGCGAGGUGAUGUUCAUGGGAAUGGCCAACAUCCACGCCAUCCGAAACAGCUUCCAGGCUCUGAGGACCGUCUGCAGUCAGAUCCCGGAUCCAGGAAACUGGCUUUCGGCACUUGAGAGCACCCGUUGGCUGCAGCACCUGUCUGUCAUGCUAAAGGCAGCCACUCUGGUGUGUUCAGCAGUGGAGAGAGACGGCCGUCCUGUCCUCGUGCACUGUUCGGAUGGGUGGGACCGCACACCCCAGAUUGUAGCUCUCGCCAAGAUACUACUGGACCCCUACUACAGGACAUUAGAGGGUUUCCAGUUGCUUGUAGAGACUGAGUGGCUGGACUACGGCCAUAAGUUUGGGGACCGCUGUGGCCACCAGGAGAACGCUGACGAUGUGAGCGAGCAGUGUCCCGUCUUCCUGCAGUGGCUAGACUGUGUUCACCAGCUGCUCAAACAGUUCCCCUGUCUGUUUGAGUUCAACGAGGCCUUCCUGGUCAAGUUGGUGCAGCAUACGUACUCGUGUCUUUACGGUACCUUCCUUUGUAACAACGCUCGCGAGAGGGAGACGAGGAACAUCUACAAACGCACCUGCUCUGUCUGGUCCCUGCUUCGCAGCGGAAACAAGAACUUCCAGAACUUCCUCUACAUCCCCAGUCAUGAUAUGGUGCUGCAGCCAGUCUGCCACACACGGGCAUUACAGCUGUGGACAGCUGUCUACCUGCCCACUUCCUCCCCCUGCACUGCUGUGGAUGACUCUAUGGAGCUCUACCUCCCCCCGAGUGUCACAGGAGACGAACUCACCUACCGUUCCCUGGACAGACUUCCCAAGACCCGCUCCAUGGACAACCUGCUGUCAGCUUUUGAGAAUGGGGUGCCCCUGACACGUACGUCCAGCGACCCGAAUCUCAAUAAGCACUGCCAGGAGGGUCGCUCUGCCCCGGAGCCCGCACCAGCUGCGGAAGAAACCUCUGCCGACAUUUCUGAUGAGGUCAUACCUGACACUGGAUUGGACAGCAGUGAGGGGGAACCUCUACAUCAGAGUCCUGCCAAGACCCCAGAGGAUGGCCCAGGUGCAGAGAGCUAUGAAGACACACUGGAGGAGCCCUGUCUCACCACACAGCCCCUGCCCUCUCUGCCCCUUCCCCCCGUCCCUCUCAGUAAGGAUGUCACACUCGCUCACACUCCCUUCCCCACUCCCGUCCUCCAACAGGCUUUGCCUCAGAUUACUAACCCUCCACUCCCACCACCUCCGCUGGAGGCUGAGAGUCCCUGUAGGACUGCUGAGAGCCCCAUGUCACCCACUCAUAAAUCAGAGCCGUGCUUACCUCUCCCCUGCAACGGCAUGCAGCCUGCAGCCACCACAACCACCUCGCCGCUUAUCGGCCACACUGACGGCCAAGCAAACGGCCUCCCAGAAUCUGCAGGCCUGCUGGCUCUGAAGCAGCUAACCCCACUCCUUCCCAUGGAGGACUCCACCGAGACUCUCACAGGUGAGGGAGAACUCCCUCCCGGCCUUUCUCCCAUAGCGAGCCAGGAUCUUACCCAGAAUCAUUUUAAUGAUGAGGAGCAGCCUGAGUCACAGCCCCAUGUUCAACCUCAGAAGGAGAAAGACAACAUGAGGACAGAUGUAGUGAAAGGAAGAGAGCGUAUGUUAACAGUUGCAACAGGUCCUGUAGACUACACCCAGGUAGCAGCUCACCAUUUGAUCUCCCAGAGCCAGCUCUCAGACCUGUCCCUGCUCAGCUCCCACUGGGAGAGUGUCCAGGGUCUGGUCCAGUCCGCCUGCAGCAGUGGCACUCAUUCUGGCAUUAGUCGGGCCUUGCAGCCCAACGCUUACCAGAGCCGCCGGCUUGCCAGUAAGCUGCUCCGCUCCCAGGGCUUCGCCAUUGCCAACGGGUCCCAGUGCUGCCGCAGAGAGGCUCUUUGUUGUCCCAGCAGCCCUCUGCAGCCUGGAUGGCUGUCUGCUGCCAGGAGUGCAGGCUACACCGGCCUGUGUGGGCCUGCUGCCGCUGCCCUCAACAGCUAUUCCCUGGCAGGCCACCAGCUCCUGCCGGUGUCGUACUCCUCGCCCUCCGCUUCCGGCUCCCCUCCCCCAACCCAGGCCCCGGCUUACCUGGAUGACGACGGGCUGCCGGUGCCCAUGGACGCCGUGCAGCAGAGACUGCGGCAGAUCGAGGCAGGCUACAAGCAGGAGGUGGAGGUGCUGAGGCAGCAGGUGCGACAGCUGCAGAUGAGGCUGGAGAGUAAACAGUAUGGCACCCCUCCCUCAGAGCCAGACAUCGACUACGAGGAUGACAUUACGUGUCUACGGGAGUCAGACAACAGUAACGAGGAGGAUUCUCUGUCGACCCACAGUGAGGACCGUCUGUCUGAGGGCAGCUGGGAUCGAGUGGAGCGCAAGGACACAGAGGUCACAAGGUGGGUGCCCGACCACAUGGCCUCCCAUUGUUUCAACUGUGACUGUGAGUUCUGGAUAGCCAAGAGACGUCACCACUGCAGGAACUGUGGCAAUGUGUUCUGUAAAGACUGUUGUCAUCUGAAGCUGCCCAUCCCAGACCAGCAGCUGUAUGACCCGGUGUUGGUCUGCAACACCUGCUACGACCUGCUCCUGGAGUCCCGCACCCGCGAGAUCCGCAGCCAGCAGCUCAAGAAGGCCAUCGCCACAGCCUCCAGCUGAGAGAAGCGAUGCGUAGCAUGGCCCGCCUCGGCUCUGUCCUGCUCGUUUUGGACUGAUGAGCUGAGCGCCCUGUUGUAACCCCAACCUGCUGUGGUUUUGGCUGCGGGGGGGAAGAUGAGGAGGAAUUGUUACUCUUUGGGAGGCUCGGUUUGGAAGCGGCGAUGCAUUUUGAGACUGUGUGAGAGGUGGAGAAGAGGAAAGGGAAAGUCUGAGAUGGAGGCGUGUCAGCAGGGGAGUUUUUCCUACAGAACAAACCCCUUCUGUUCAAAGACAUUUUCAGCCCGGAGCGCUGCAGCGUCCAGCUGCCUCCACGUGGCUCAGUCCUCUAGCGGUGCCCUGUUCGAGACACAUCUCCAACCUGUCCACCCCAGCAGAGUCACCCACCUUUAGUAUCAAACACCUGCACCCUCCUUAGACACUGUCUCGCACUUCAGAGGACAAUCGCCCACCCUUCACGUGUCGGGGACUCCAAAGCCUUUACCUGUACUACUGGAGGCUUUCAACUUUAAAAGAAAAGAAUUGCUGCUACAGUAUUUAAAAGUCUAAUUUUGUAUUCUUAUUUUGUGCACUACUAGCUGUUGUGUAUUUGAGGGAAUUUGAGACCAAACUUGAGUAAAAGGGAGAAAUCUGCUGUUUACUUUGUCAUCGCAUCUUUUUCUUGGAGCCUGAAUGUAAUAUGUGAUGGGUAACUGGAUCGAGUUUAUGUUCAUGUGCAUUUGGUGGGUCGUAUAUGUGUUCAUUGCUGCAAUGUGUUUUCAAAAUUAUGUAUAUGCACAGUCAAUGUGGUUCUGUCUUUAUCAAUGCUUUUCUCCAGUAUAGCCAUGUUGCAACAUUAGACAUUCUGAGGGAUGUGUGUGGACAGAUCGAUACAGUGCUGCCUGUUUGUUUGUUUUGUGGGACGUGUGCUUGAUAUGUUAAAGAGGAAGAGGAUACAAUAAUGCUAGGAGACUGCAGAUUUCUGUAAUGUCUUCUUCUGAUGUGAGAAAAUGUCAUUUGAAGUUACUGUGGGUAUUCUGUGUUGUGACAGAGGGAAUUCCCAAAGGUUUUUCUGCUGAGAUGUGAAUGAAUGGCUUAAUGUCCACAUGAAGCUUGGUGUCCAUCUGACUGAUGACUCCUCCUCAGAUUGUUAACUGGCAGUAAAGACUGCUCGGGAAAAGACUCAACAAAGUGCUCGGAGUUUCCUGUUCUGUUUAGGGGAGUUUGGCCACUGUCCCCUUUUUAACAAAAAAAAAAAGUGUUUGUGUCUACUGGUUGUUCCCUGAGACAAUAGUGCCAUAUUUUGUUUUGUCUAUUUUUAAAGCCUUUUUCUUUCUUAUGGAUGGCAGCAGGUUUCUAAUUGGCCACCUCUCUGUAUGUUUUAAUGGUACAGAUAGUUAGCUGCUUAAUAACACUGAGACAACUAAAGAUUAACAGAUGGUUUCAGUUCAAUAACGAGGCUAAUCGUUUCAAUGGAUGAUCGGAUGUCACUGAAAAUAGUUAACCUGUGUGGUUAUCCAUUGUCUAAUAUUCGGGAUUUUUUCACACGGUGUUCAUGAAGUCAAAAUCUUUAAGAGGAACUCAGAAAUGUAACGUACAUAGUUAUCUGAUCCGUAGUGGUGGCUAAAACCUGUCACUUAAUGAGUAAUUGUUAUAAAGAAAUGCACUGUAAAAGUUAAAUCCCAUGGGUUAAAAUAAAAGAUUAUAUCAUG